UGUGAAGCAAUGAUUGCCCCGACGCUCCUCGCCUUCGUGGCCACGGCUUCGGCCCAGGUCUUGAACAGCAUGACUAUGCUGAGGUUUGGUUGCUCUCAGAUUGUUAUUGACCGUAUCGACCCUCUUGUCAAUCCUGGCGUCCGCGGAUCUCCCCAUGUCCACCAGAUCGUGGGCGGUGACGGCUUCAACACCACCAUGACAACGGGUGAUGUUUCGCAGACGGCAAAAUGUACCACAUGUGCCUUUAGCGAGGACUUUUCCAACUACUGGACGGCAAAUCUCUACUUCAAAGCCAGGAAUGGUACUUAUAAACGUGUACCCCAGGGUGGUGCCGCCUACCAGUUUAAUGACAGGUUCAGCACUCAAACUCAGGGCGGCAUCCUCGUCUACUACGCCUCAGCCCAACCGGGUCAGAUCACGGCCUUUAAGCCUGGUUUCCGUAUGCUGGUCGGUGAUCCGAUGCAGCGUUCUCGCAGCGAUACCACCCUAAAGCGUCAGAACUGUUACCGCUGCUACACAGGACCUAAUUUCGGCGGGGAUAUCAUGGCUCCAUGCCAGGACGACCGGGUCGACAGCGAAAAGUUCCCCAGCAAGCCCUGUCCCGGCGGGAUUCGAUCCAACAUUCACUUUCCGACGUGCUGGGACGGCAAGAACCUCGACUCUCCUAAUCACCGCGACCACGUAGCGUAUCCAGUCACAGGUCCAGCCAACUUCCUGACUCUAGGUGGUGCGUGCCCAGCAUCGCACCCAGUGCGGAUCCCUCAGCUCAUGUACGAGGUGGUCUGGGACACGACCAAGUUCAACGACAGGUCAGAGUGGCCAGCGGACGGGACGUCGCAACCCUUUGUGCUCAGCACGGGCGACGACACGGGCCUCGGCCAGCACGGCGACUACGUCUUUGGCUGGGAGGGCGACUCACUCCAGAGGGCCAUGGACCAGAAAGGGUGCUACGGUGCCCAGUGCGGGACCCUCAAGACGCAGGCCAUCGAUAUCGCGAGGAAGUGGCUUUCUGAACUGCCUGGAACUGGCAUGUAG